GUCACCGGCCCAAUCACAGUGAGAGCUGCCAACACCUCACACCUCAAGCCCAGAGCUGCCAACACCUCACACGUCACGUCCAGUGGUGCCAACACCUCACACGUCAAGCCCAGAGCUGCCAACACCUCACACCUCAAGCCCAGUGCUGCCAACACCUCACACGUCAAGCCCAGAGCUGCCAACACCUCACACCUCAAGCCCAGAGCUGCCAACACCUCACACCUCAAGCCCAGAGCUGCCAACACCUCACACGUCACGCCCAGAGCUGCCAACACUUCACACGUCACGUCCAGAGCUGCCAACACCUCACACCUCAAGCCCAGAGCUGCCAACACCUCACACCUCAAGCCCAGAGCUGCCAACACCUCACACGUCACGCCCAGAGCUGCCAACACUUCACACGUCACGUCCAGAGCUGCCAACACCUCACACCUCAAGCCCAGUGCUGCCAACACCUCACACCUCAAGCCCAGUGCUGCCAACACCUCACACGUCACGCCCAGAGCUGCCAACACUUCACACGUCAAGCCCAGAGCUGCCAACACCUCACACCUCAAGCCCAGAGCUGCCAACACCUCACACGUCACGCCCAGAGCUGCCAACACUUCACACGUCACGUCCAGAGCUGCCAACACCUCACACCUCAAGCCCAGAGCUGCCAACACCUCACACCUCAAGCCCAGAGCUGCCAACACCUCACACCUCAAGCCCAGUGCUGCCAACACCUCACACGUCACGCCCAGAGCUGCCAACACUUCACACGUCACGUCCAGUGGUGCCAACACCUCACACCUCAAGCCCAAUGCUGCCAACACCUCACUCAUCAAGCCCAGUGCUGCCAACACCUCACACGUCACGCCAAGUGCUGCCAACACCUCACACGUCACGCCCAGAGCUGCCAACACCUCACACGUCACGUCCAGUGGUGCCAACACCUCACACCUCAAGCCCAAUGCUGCCAACACCUCACACCUCAAGCCCAGUUCUGCCAACACCUCACACGUCAAGCCCAGUGCUGCCAACACCUCACACCUCAAGCCCAGUGCUGCCAACACCUCACACGUCAAGCCUAGUGCUGCCAACACCUCACUCAUCAAGCCCAGUGCUGCCAACACCUCACUCAUCAAGCCCAGUGCUGCCAACACCUCACUCAUCAAGCCCAGAGCUGCCAACACCUCACAACACACGCAUUACCUAAGCAGACCUACAAAACUCCCCUACACUACCUACUAUAAGCUACUCACAAAGAAGGGAAAGGAGGAGAAAAGGUGGAAAGGAAAGAUUGACAGCACGAACGUCAAAAUUAUCAUGUUUAUCGAGCAGGAUAUAAAAGAUAUACAACAUCUUUUCAUGAAUACCAACUCAUACAUAACUCAUCAUGAUGACACCGACAUAACUCAUCAUGAUGACACCGACAUAACUCAUCAUGAUGACACCGACAUAACUCAUCAUGAUGACACCGGCAUUGCAGCUAAUUUAGAGUGCUACAAGGAUGAGAUGAGCUUGACUCUUGGGACCUGCUG